UGAUUUCUCCCUCCAUACCCACCGGCCCCCUCGCAUCCCUCUCAAGAGUCAAUCACGCUGUCUCCCUGGGUCCUGGCGCUCCGCUGCAUCUUGUUGGCAGCUGGUUUGCAGAGUUCUAGUUGCUCUCGCCCCGGCCUCUCCUUCCUGAACUGCAUCCCCAUCCUCAAGGAAGGCCUGAAACUUCGACGCCCCCCGCAGUCGUGGCGGAACGUUUCCAUCAUGUCGCACAAGCAGUCAAGAUACAUUCCUGUUCCCGUCGAGAGCUCCAUCACCUAUGAAGACAUCGCCAUCUUUCCUAGGCCGGGCUGCUCUGCUCCUGACUCCAUCGCCUUCUCUCCUGAUGACUCAGUGGUAACGUACCUGGCAAGCUCUGAUGGAUCGCUCAACCGUCAACUCUAUGCUAUGGACAUUGCAACGGGACAAGUCCGUGAGCUGUGCAAACCUCCUUCAGGUACUGGUGAGGAAGAAUCCUUCAGCCUUGAAGAGAAGCUGAGGCGAGAACGGGCUCGCCAGCUGCACACAGGCAUAACUUCAUAUGCAUGGGCUGAAGGGGCAGAAGGAGCGGGGAAGAUUCUCGUUCCCAUUGGCAAUGAGCUGUUUGUUCAGGAUGGGUUGAAUGGAGAAUUGAAACGAUUGUUUGAUCCACUUAUGUUGUUGAACGGGGAGCACAGUCUGUCAGACAAAGAUGCCAACAUUCCUCCGAUUCUAGAUGCAAGAAUCAGCAGCGAUGGGAAAGUUGUAGGGUUUGUGUGGGACAGAGAACUCUACAUCGUAUCUACAGACUGCAAAUCGAAGCCCGUGCAGCUCACGUCGGGCGCGAGAGGAACUGAGUACACCAACGGGCUUGCAGACUACAUCGCUCAGGAGGAGAUGGAUCGCUACGAGGGGUACUGGAUCUCCAAGGACAGCACUAAAGUCGCCUUCCAACAGGUGGAUGAGAGCCAUAUCCCCAAGUAUCGCAUCAUGCACCAGGGUAGUGACAAGGUCGGGGAGGCUGCACAGGAAGAUCAUCAUUAUCCCUUUGCUGGUGCGAGCAACCCGCGGGUGAGGUUUGGGGUCGUCAACAGCGAUGGGAGCAGUUUGCAGUGGUACGACCUCACGGCAAGGUUCGGAGAAGACAUCUACCUUGCCCGUGUGAAGUGGCUUCCUGAUAACACUGCUAUCAUACAAAUACAAAACCGAGAUCAAACAGAGCUGGAGCUUGUGAGGAUUUUCCCUGACAGCAAGGAGAUGAAGACUGUGUUCGUGGAGAAGUCUGAAUUCUGGAUCAACCUGCACAACAUGUUGACUCCGCUGAGGGGUAGCGACAAGUUUAUUUGGGCGUCAGAACGGAGCGGCUUUCAACACUUGUUCCUCUAUGACUAUGACGGGAACAUGUUAAGACAGCUGACGGACGGCGAUUGGAUGGUGGAGGAUAUCAAGGCUGUAGAUGAAGUUCGAGGACUGGUUUACUUCACUGGGACCAAGAGUGGAUGGAAAGAUCGCCACCUCUACUCUGUCUCCCUCCAGGGCGGCGAUGUGGUGAAGAUAACUCAGGACGGCGGAAUGCACAAUGUCAUCGUGGAUCACAGCAAGCAACUGUUCGUGGACCAGUACAGCACGUGCACCUUCCCAUUCCGAGUCAAUGUUUGCAGCCUGAAGGAUGGAACCGUUGUUCGAUCCAUCUUCGUGAACAAGGACCCGAGGCUCGAUCGCCUCUCCCUCGUCACUCCUACCUUCGUUGAAUUCCCUUCCUCCGACGAUAAAGUCACCCUGCAAGCCGCGUACCUCCGGCCCGACCAAGACAAGUUCGGUCCUGGUCCUUAUCCUACCGUGGUGGCCGUCUACGGGGGCCCGCAUGUGCAGACGGUGAGCAACAGCUGGACCGUCACAGCAGACCUGCGCUCGCAGUUUCUCUGCUCCCAAGGCUACCUGGUCAUCAAGGUGGACAACAGGGGAAGCAGCAGGAGGGGGCUGCACUUCGAGUCGCAGGUCAAGUGGAACAUGGGGUACUUGGAGGUAGAGGACCAGAAGGCGGGGGUGAACUUCUUCGUCGAACGGGGGCUGGCAGACAAGCAUCGCGUCGCCAUCUACGGAUGGAGCUACGGAGGAUACAUGUCCGCCAUGGCGCUCGCUAGGGCCCCGGAGACCUUCCAUGUUGGCAUCGCCGGGGCUCCAGUGACGCACUGGGAUGGGUACGACACGCAUUACACCGAGCGCUACAUGGGGAGGCCGCAAGACAACCCCGAGGGCUACGCGCAGAGCAGCGUCAUGACGCACGUUGAUCAGAUCGAAGGCUCCCUCCUCCUUGUCCACGGGCUCAUCGACGAGAACGUUCAUUUCCGUCACACAGCCAGGCUGAUCAACGCCCUGAUCCGGGCUCAGAAGCACUACGAGCUGCUCCUCUUCCCUGACGAGCGUCACAGCCCAAGGAGCCUCAAGGACCGAGUCUUCAUGGAGCAGCGCAUCCACAGCUUCAUCCAGAGGACCCUCGGCCCCGCCCGCUAA